CCUUUCCUUCCUUAUUUCCCUCCCUCUCUUCCUCUCCCUUCCUUCUCCUCCUCCUGGGAAAGAGAGAGGAAGGCCCGGCCCUCUGUGCAUGGGCAGAGGGCCUCCGGGGUCCUGCUUUGGGCAGCAGGGGGCCCUUGCCCAGGAGGACCAGGUCCAGCUGCUGCCAGGGCCUUUCCCUGCAGGGAGAGCCGGAGCUGGGCCUCUGGUUGUGGGGAGAAGAAGGGGCCCUUGGCAGCCCUCCUCCUCCGGAGCUCAGGGUCCACUUGGCGGUUGCUUUGUGUCUCUGUUGUGUUGCUGGGCGCCUUCGGGCCAUCCCUGGCAGACUGGCUCCACUGGGCGAGAGGGGGCCCUGAGAGAGUGGCACUUCUCACCCAGCGGCUUUCCAGGGCUGAGGCCAGGGAUGCCAGCCUGCCAUUCCCCUCCAUUACCUCCCAGCAUUGGCCAUCCUCUGCUGCCCACCAGCCCCUGCUGGCACCGGAGCCCUUCAACCCUCCAGCCUGGCAGACCCUGCAGCCUCCCUGAGUCUGCUUUCUUUGGGAGGAUGGCAUGAUGGGCACAGUCUGGCUUCUGUCUGGGGCAGGCGCUGGGCCUGGGUCCUUGGCACAGCUUUCAGGGCACCCAGUAAGAGAAGCCUCUCUAUUAGUGGGGUCAGGAAGCAAAACCAAUAUAUGAGUGCCACCAGUAAGUGAGACCAGUAUGUGAGUGCCACCAGUAAGUGAGACCAGUAUGUGAGUGCCGCUAACAAGUGAAGCAGCCCGUCAGACCACUAUAUUUGUGCAGCCAGUAAGUAAAACCAGUAUAUGUACUGGUAUGUACCAGUAUAUCUAUGAUUCUAUGCUCAGUGAGACCAGUAUCUUUGUGCUGCCAGUAAGUGAGACCAGUAUGUUAGUGCCAGUAAGUAAAACCAGUAUAUCUUUGUGAGACCAGUAUCUUUGUGCAGCUGGGGCAUGAAGCCACUGAAGAAGAAGUGCAGCCGCUCACUGACCCCUGUGUGCCAGUGCAGCCUAGAAGUUCCCUGGAUCCCUGAUUCGCAUUCGGGUCAGGUUUACAUUUAAUGUUGGCAUGGGCAUAUAUAUUUCCCCCAUACAUUUUAUUUAUUAACUUUUAAAGUGGUUUUGCAUUUGACAGACAGGAGGGGGACUGGGUGGCACCCGCUUGCCAUCCUCCAAGUGCCCCCCCAUCUUAAGCCCGGCUUAAAACUGAAAUGAGAGACCCCCUGCACCUCUUGGUGCCUGAAUAGUUUCUUGAGACAAGGCUGGCAUCAAGGAAGGAUUGGAGGACUGGGGCUGGGAUGGUGCCCCUCACUCGCUGCCAGUCUCUUGGUUUCGCUUUGUGUGAUGCUUAGUAUAGUUUGCUGCCUGGACUUGUCUAGUGGUUUGAAGACAGAGAGAGAAGGAUGCAGAAGAGAGGAUUCUGGGACUCGCAGCCCAAAGAAAUGGAACUUUUCUAAGCUCUGGGUAUAAAGUACGAGUUUUCUAGGGUUUUGGAAAGCCUAAGUGCCCAUGUUGGUGAUGGGGGGAUACUGGGAGCUGCAAUCUCAAAAAGACGGGGCAUUGCAGUGGUUGAGAUUGCAGCCUAAAAAGGGGAGGGGGUUGCAUUGGGGAGUCUGGGGGCUGCAGUGCAAAAGGAGCAGGAAUGGUAGCUCCAGGGGAUUCUGGGGGUUGCAAUCCAGCCAGAAGGGGGCUCUGGCCAAGCCUUUUCCCUGGGGGCCUCUUCCUUUGCUGGGCUGCUGAAGUGGCACAUUCCUGGCCCAUUGGAGCGUGAGCAGCCCAGCAGGGCUUUUGGGGGGGAUUAAUAAUCUGUGGGGGACCCCAUCCUUAGGAAUGCAGCCCCCCCUUGCGUUGACCCUCCUCUCCCUCCCCACAAAAGAAGCCCCAUCACUUCUAAGUGGGGAAAAGGCAGCCCUCCAAGCUCUCUUGUUCACCCAAAGAAAGGGCAGGAGGGCAGGGAGAUGAGUUCCUGGGCUGCGUCCGCACUGCAGAGUUAAUCCAGUUUGGCACUGCUUUAAUUUCUGCAGCUCCGCACAAUGGGAUUUGUCGUUUGGGAUUUAGCCCUCUCCGUCUGCAUCCCCAUUGUGGAAUUAAUGCAGUUUGGCACUGCUUUGCUUUGGAUUUUGGGAUUUGUGGUGGCACCAGAGCCUUAUGGCAGGGAAGGCUAAACACCUGGCACAACUAGAAUUCCAUAGCAUUACUGAGCCGUGGCAGCCAAAGCGGUGCCAAGAUGCAUUAAUUCGGCAGCGCGGAUGCGGCCACACGGCUCUUUCACGCUGCAAAAAUAAUGCCAUUUGAUGCCACUUUCACUGCCCAGGGAUUGUACUUGCCACCUUUAUUUAUAACCCACUCUUGUCCUAGAUUGUGAGAUAAAGGCACCCAAAAAGAGAAUCAAACUUGUCUGCCAUAUUAAACCAAUCUAAUACAAAUACUCUUUGAAAGGGGUUGACGAUGACAGCGGUUUGAAACUGUUGAGUCUGCUUCCCGGUGUCUGUUUCUCUAUUCCGGUGCCUGGCGCGUGCCCUCCUGGGUCAUGCUGUGCCCGCGCGUGCCACCGAUUUCCCCUUGGCGCCAGAAUUCGGAGGUUGUCCGGAGAGGUCUGCCAAGGGGCAUGGUGGCCUUGCCGAGAGAAGGAAACCUUUGCUGUGCCAUGGAGAAGCAGGCACAAAAGGAAGCGGGUCAAGGAUGAUGGGAUCAGUUUGCACCAGAAAUUAAGUUGCUUCUUUUCCACAAGGCUGGCAGUGCCAAGGAGUCCGUCUUUAGGGACUGAGCGGGCAUCAAAACUACUUGCAUGCAGGCAACUUGCACUCGGGUGUGAGAUCGAUGGGCACUGCCAUGCCAAGACUAGGCACCGGGUAUCUGACUCACGGCAUGUGCCAGUGUGUGCUCAGCCCCAGGGUUGAAACCCGAGAGUGACCUUUGGCCAGCUGGUGCCCUGUUUAUUGCUUGGGUGGAAAAUGCCACGUGGUUUAGCGAUUGGCAAAGGUGUGUUUGUAUAUAUGUGUGCGAGAGAGAUAAUUGGCCCUUUAAUUAUUCAUGUGAUACCAGUUUUAUUCCUUUGAGGUGCCCAGUUCAGAAGCUUUAUUCCUCCAUAGUGCCACCCUCAAAUAUCCAGCCUUAGUUUGCCAGUUUUGGAUUGUGUCAGGGCCUGGAGGUUUCGAAGCCGGAACUGGAGACGAAGGGACAAUGGUGCCAUUGGCACACAUGGGCACAGAGAAUAUAUAUGACCAUUGUCCCUCCGUCUCCGGUUCUGGCUUCGAAACAUCCAGGUGUAUGUGUGUAUAUAUAUUUGUGCUUAGAAACUGGCACAGCUGCCAACCUUUCUCCAAGCAUUAAUUCAUCUGAUUUCUCACGGUUUAGCUUUUGCAACCUGUUGUAAUCUGGAGCGUUGCCCCUGCAUCUGUCGCCUUUGGCUGGCACUCGGUUGGCAACCCCCCAACUUGCCUCCUUGCAGCUGCCUGGCUGUGCCCACCUGUUGUUUCUGGUUUGGGCUUUCCCAGCACCAAGAAAGUAGUUUUUCUCCUCCCCUCUGUUGCCUGGCUUUUUGUUUGCAGAACACACACGCAAGAUGGAUAAAAUGCUUAGCCCAGCUGUCUGAUUACGGGGCACAGGAUGGACUGGGAGACGGGUGGCACCUGGGUUCGAAUGCCUGCUCAGUCAUGGAAACCCAUUGAACCAUUGGCAAGUCACACUCUCUCAGCCUCAGAAGAAGGCAAUGCAAAACUAUGUUGGAAAAAUGGUGCCAAUGAACCCAGUUGGGUGCCAAGAAAACCCAGUUGGCAUUAGGGGCACCGCAAGUGGGAAAUGACUUGAAGGCACACAAUGACUACAAUGCUAGGGGAGGGCAAGCGCCUGGUAGCCAUGGCACUGGGGUUAGAAGGCCUUGUCCCUCUUUCCUGCCUCCGUUUGCUUUGCCAACCGUCCUGCCAGGCCCAGCGGGUGUUUGUGGGGUGGCUGUAAUGCCCCCCUGGAAGGCAGAUUUGGACAGAUGGAGGGGAUUAGAGGGACGUCUUCACCCCUCCAGGUGCAGAGAGACAGGGAUUGCUUAUCUGGUUGGCACGUUUUGCAUCACACAUUCCCAGCAGAUAAAUGCCAGACGAUUGGAAAAUUUCAUUAUAUUCACCUGUUUUCUUUUUCCCUUCUUCCUACAGCGAAGGCGUCUUCAAGUGCCCAGAGGACCAGCUGCCCCUGGACUAUGCCAAGGGGUCUGUUUCCCCUUUUGCAGAUCUAUCCGGACCCCGAACUCGAGGCCCAGGUCUUCAGCUUGACUAUCCGGUGCAUCCACAGCGAAGAGGGAUGCCGUUGGAGCGGGACCAUCCGGCAUUUGCAGGCCCACCUGGGCACCUGCAGCUUCAACGUGGUGCCCUGCCCCAACCGCUGUGGGGUCAAGCUCAGCCGCCGCGACUUGCCUCCCCAUCUCCAGCACGACUGCCCCCAGCGCCACCUCAAGUGCGAAUUCUGCGGCUCCGAGUUCACUGGGGAAGCCUACGAGAACCACCAGGGCCUUUGUCCCCAGGAGAGCAUCUACUGCGAGAACAAGUGUGGGGCGCGCAUGAUGCGCCGGCUGCUUUCCCAGCACAUGGUGGCUGAAUGCCCCAAACGCACCCAGCCUUGCACCUACUGCACCAAGGAGUUCCUCUAUGACACCAUCCAGAGCCAUGAGUACCAAUGCCCCCGUUACCCUGUGCCUUGCCCUAACCAGUGUGGGGUGCCCAGCGUUGCCAGGGAGGACCUGAGCGGGCACCUGAAGGAGAACUGCACCACGGCCCUGGCGCUCUGCCCCUUCAAGGAAGCCGGAUGCAAGCACCGGUGCCCGAAGCUCUCCAUGGGUCGCCACCUGGACGAGAACACCAAGCUCCACUUGGGCAUGAUGUGCGCGCUAGUGGCGCGACAGCGGCAAGAACUGGCGGAGUUGCGCCGCGAGGUGGAAGAGCUGGCGGUGGGCAGCGAAGGGGUGCUGAUAUGGAAGAUCUCGGACUACGCCCGGAAACUCCAGGACGCCAAGGCGCGGAGCAACUUCGAGUCCUUCAGCCCGCCAUUCUACACGCACCGCUACGGCUACAAGCUCCAGGUGUCGGCCUUCCUGAACGGCAACGGGAGUGGCGAAGGGAGCCACCUCUCAGUCUACAUCCGGGUCCUUCCGGGGCAGUAUGACAACCUCCUGGAGUGGCCCUUCACCUCCCGGGUCACCUUCUCCCUCCUGGACCAGAGCGACCCGUCCCUCUCCAAGCCCCAGCACAUCACCGAGACCUUCCUCCCGGACCCCAACUGGAAGAACUUCCAGAAGCCUGGGUCGGGACGUGCCUCCUUGGACGAGAGCCUGCUGGGUUUCGGCUACCCCAAAUUCAUCUCCCACGAGGACAUCAAGAAGCGGAACUACGUGCGCGACAACGCCGUUUUCAUCAAGGCCUCGGUGGAGAUCCCACAGAAGAUCAUGGCCUGAGGUGGCCAUCCGCAGUCCUUCCUUGGAACGGCCGGGAGCACAAGGGACCAUGUCUCUUUUCCCCUUGCGCAGUCACCCCUUCCCCAAACAAGGGGACAUUUCAGACACUGUCGCUCUGGGCCAAUCGGGGUACGAUUGGGAGUCCCACUCGGAAAUGAGUUCACUCUCCUUUGCAACUCGUCUCUGUUCUCAUAUCCUCACAAACGGUGCUAACUUCAAGUCAGGGAACGAAGACCACUCUCAGCGUGGCACCUUCUCUGCCUCCUCCAGGGCAGCUGGGCUGCCUCUGCAACAACCCUCAUCCUCAGUAUGUCUGCCUAGCCCCCCAAAUUUCCCAUCCCCAGCUUUGGAUUGGGCUGGAGAUAAGGGAUGGGGAAGAAGAAACCCUUGGCUGGCUGAAGAAGGCUUCACGCAGAGACAAAAUUCACCAUGGACUCCAGCGUUGGGGCUCAUUGGAAGAGAGAUCUUGGGGUGCAUGGGAUGGAAGGUUUAAACCCUGGAGUUCGUUUUUCCCCUUCCAAAUACAAGCCAGCAUUUCCGACCUCCAUCCUAAGACGGAUCUUAGGACGUACAUAUCUUGGAUCUAGAGCUUGAGAAAGUUAACUCUUUUGGUCCACAGUUCUCAGCAUCCCUGCCUUCCAAACCAGGUAGACCCGUUGCCUCUAAAUUUUCACGGCUUCCCGAAAACCUUCCUCCUGGUGCCUAAUGUCUUUUGAAAUGGAGUAUUUCAGCUCCUCCGCUCCUCACUCCCCUUGUCUUCUCCGCAGCCUCCUGGAUCGACUUGAAGUCCCCACGAACAAGGAGGGCAAUGCCAGGGGCACGGGAGGCCCGUCCCGUCCGUUGCCCAAAGAGCCAUAUUUUGUACAGCGCCACCCUUCCCCUUCCCAGGAGUCUUUUGUGGGGCUGGGACUCCUCCAUCCUCUUCAGGCUCCUGGUUCGUCUUGAUGUAUCAAGAGCAGCGUGAUUUCUGCUCCUGCAUUUCUUCCUCUGUCUGCGUUGGUUGGUGUUGUUUCCUUCUUCUUUUCUAAGUUAAAUAAACCAUGUCUUGUAUUUAU